AUGCUUCAACGCAUCCGAGAGCUCCGCGCGCAGGAGGACCAAGCACGUGACUGCACGACUGUCGAACAGCUUCGUGCUCAAGCGACAAAUCCCGUGGAGGGGAAUCAUACUCCAGUUCGAGCUACAAUGCGUCUUUAUGGGAAGGUGUUGUUCGCGCGUGGAGUGCACCUGAAAGUGUUCGACAACUGCUCGCCCGCUGAGUUCGCCGCGUCGAGCAAGGAACUCCAAAGCUUGACACACAGCGAUCAGCAAAGUGUUGUCUUUCGCGUGACGGUAUGGGGCGCUUCGUUGGGCGAUCCUAAGUUUGUGGUGGGUGCGAAGCUUCGUCUGCGCGAUAUUCGCGACAUCAGUAUCUUCUGGCACGGCAUUUUGGGCGGCGUUUGCCACUACGAGGAUAUUGAGCGGCUCCGAGAUUAA